AUGGCUAAAUUCGGCGGUCUCGCGCUCAAGAGCACGUCCAUGUUCCUGCGCUUUGUCGAGUUCGCCUGCGCUGCCGUCGUCCUCGGCAUCUUUACCUACUACCUCGUCACCCUCCACAACCAAAGCAUCCGCAUCCCGACCAAUGUCCGCGCCGUGGAGGGCAUCUCGGGCGCCGCCGUCCUGUACACCAUCCUCGCCGUCCUCUUCGUCUGCUGCCUCGGCGGCAUCGCCAUCUUCGGCUUCAUCGCCGUGCUCCUCGACCUGGCCUUCUGCGGCGCCUUCAUCUACGUCGCCUACGUGAACCGCCACGCGACGGACAGCUGCUCCGGCGUCGUGACCACCCCGUACGGCCAGGGCCUCAUCGGCGGCGAGGUGACGGGCAACUCGGACGGGUUCACGGAGCUGCCCAGCUUCAAGACGGCGUGCCGUCUGCAGAAGGCCGCGUUUGCUGUCGCUAUCAUCGGGCUCGUCUUCUUCUUCCUCUCCAUGUUCGUCGAGUACGGCCUCAUCCGCCACCACAAGCGCGAAAAGGCCUUCGGCCCCUCCCCGCACAACGGCUACACAGCCGGCUCGCCCAAGCGCAAAUUCUGGCAGCGCGCGCCCAAGACCACCACCGACAAGCACCAUCCCGACGGCCUACCCACCCACGCCACGCCCGCCGACAUGCGCACCUCCUACGCCACGGAUGCCACGGCCAUCGGCGAGCCGGCUUUGCUUAGCAAGUACGGCCCCGAGACGUACAGCGGCGUCGGACACCAGAAGCAGCAGCCGCAGGUGUACGGCAGCCAGACGACGAAUGGCUACCAGCCGCCCACCGGCACUACGACGAUGGGGGGACCGCAGCAGACGGGCGUUGCAGCGGGCGAUGGGUACGUGCCUUACAGUAACAACAGCGCCACGGGUAACUACUAG